GAAGGUGGUUGCGGGAGGAAGUGCUGAGCUCGUAGACGGUAGUAGAGAAGAAACGCCGAGUAGAAAAACCAGAAGACAACUGGAGCCACUCACUUGAAUGGUCUUUUGUCUCCUGUCAUCAAACGAUGUCCGUCACUGAGGACCUUCCAGACAUGGAUGGAGCAGACCUGUUAGGGCUGCUGUUGCACGGUAGAGAGGACGGGUCCACUGAGCCCUUUUUUCCCGAUGAGACCGGCCUCAUCGAAUCCUGGCUCUCCGAACAAGAUAUGCUGACAGGUAUGGAUACUGAAGACUUUCUGUCCAGCUUGUUAGAGGGAGAGGACAACAUGGGGGCUUUCUGUCCCUCUCAUUCUCCCUUGGGCAGCGACAGCGGCAUUUCUGACGACAGCAGCACCGGAGCUGGAAACAACAACCUUCAGGGAUGCCUGAGUCCGCAGGGCAGUGACAGUGAUGUUGUGCCCAGUCCAGGCUACUCCCAGCCCAGCCCGGUGCCCUCUGACCCUGCCCUGGCCCCUGGUGAGGUGCAGACAGAGAGCCUGGAGGCCUUGACAGUCCAGGCGGAUCACAGCUACUCCAUGGUGCAGACCAGAGACAGUGACAUGGAUGUCCUGCAGAGUGUGAGGGCGGAGAAGCUCGAUACAGAUGUCUUCAUUGAUCUCGACGACUUGGUGAGCGAGGAAAUGGAGGAGGACGACAUCAUCAGCGAGCUGCCGUGCACUUUGGCCAUAGAGGACUCGACACAGAAUUCAGCCGAACCAAAGAAAACAGACCAGUUCCAGUUUAAAGAGAUCAUCCUCACCGAGGAGGAGAAGCGGCUUUUGUCGAAAGAGGGAGCAACUAUUCCCACACACAUGCCUCUCACAAAGGCAGAGGAGAGGACCUUAAAGAGGGUCAGGAGGAAGAUCCGCAACAAGCAGUCUGCUCAGGAGAGCCGCAAGAAGAAGAAGGUGUAUGUUGAUGGACUGGAAAACAGGGUUGCCAUCUGCACUGCACACAACCUGGAACUACAGAAGAAAGUCCAGAUGCUUCAGAAACAGAACAUGUCCUUGAUAGAGCAGCUGAGGAAACUCCAGGCAAUGCUGAAGAUGUCGACCAUGAAGGCGAGCACAACCAGCACUUGUGUUAUGGUGUUCCUGCUCUCUUUCUGCCUCAUCAUCUUCCCGUCAGUCAAUCCAUUUGGCAGAAACACAGAACAGAAGGAACUGUACACACCCUCUUCCAUCAUCUCCCGGACCCUGCGCUCAGUGCCACCAGAGAGCACUGAUGCCAUAUCCUACCCUGAGCAUGAAGAGGAGGAGUUCCACCUGAUGCCCCAAGUAGAGGUGGAGAACGUUAAAGCCAUCUUCGCCGGCGGCCAGAAGAAUCACACCCCCGACUACCAGAGGGUGGAGCAGCCAGACUCGGAAACGGGAGUCAACAGCAACUCCUCGGCAGACUUCCCCAGUCCCGCUCAGGCUGCAGAGAUGGCACCGGGGCCUCCUGGCGGGGUAGGGGCCUUAAAGGAAGGAUCCAUUGAUGCUGCAGUGGCGUCUGCUGUGGCGUAUGAGGUCACAGGAUCCAAGGAUAACUGGAUAGACCGGAACCCCCCGUCUGUCAUAUUACAGCAGCACCGCUCAGAUGAGAUGUAGUAUGGAGAUGUUGAUCAGUAUAACCAGCAGAGGGAGCCAUAUUCCCAUUGUUUUAGGUUGCAGAGGGAAGCUUAAACCUAAACAAGGAGGAACUGAUUAUCCAGUGAUUAUCAAGAUAUAUGAUCAGUCUGUCUGUCCCUUCUUUUCCCCUCUAACAGCCCUCUGAUGUACUACUGUUACUUUAUUUGCACUUUGUUCUAAUUUCCUUGUUCCAGCGGGCAUAAAGAACUGGAGAGAGAUUUCCAUAUUCCUGCGGUGUAAACUACCUAAAUAGUGGGACACCACAGUGAUAAUACACAUGAUUGCAUUGCUGGAGGCCACAUGCUCCUUAGCACUGCGGGCUCUCACCUUAUCGAACAAAGUGGUGCUAAUGACUGAAAUUUGUGGGCCCCGGCACUGGAAAAUUUCUAAUGAACUACAUUACUCCAAGAGGAGUAUUACUUGAUUAUUUAGUGCUAAAAUAAUUGGGAGAGCUUUGUCUGACUCCAGUCUAUCUGUUCACCUCCAGCAGAACUAGAUGUUCACAUAAGCUGCUCAUUGAAGACUCUGCCAUAGUAAAUUAUUGUGAAAAGAAGUAGUCCACGGCAAACUAGCCAGAGAGCUCCACUGCAUAGUAGAAGAUAGGCUGCUUGUUUCUCAUUAAGCUUGAUCAAAGUGGUUGACCACCGUAAUGCUUAAGCCAUUGCAGGACAUUUGGCCAUUUAGAAGACUUGUAAAGUUUGUUAGUAUUUCCCUUGUAACAAGGGUAUCCAUGCUCCUUUUAAUUUUGGAAUGCUUCGUUUUUACGUUGUACAGUAAAGCAAGAAAAAAUGUCUGCAAAAUAUAGAGCCGAACAAUUAACCCCUGACUUUUUCAUUGAUUGCCAACCCCAGUCUACCCCUCUGUCUCCUCUUUUUAGACUUCAUGGGACAGUCCUUACCUUUCUUAACUUGUCUGAACUACCGACGCACCAGUGUGCACUGAAUAAGGGGUUUGAUUAUUUGCUCCUUAAACCGUGUCGCAGUAAAAUAUACUCAAAAAUGUAAUGACCUGUUUUGUCAGUGAGGCAUUUUUGUUAUCUUUUGUGUAUUUCUUAUGUUACUGUUAGUAAUAAAUAAAAUCUAAAUGGUAAUGGAACUGCUUUUUGUUAUAAUCGACCGUCAGUGAGAUUUUAAAUGUUGAUGAUGUUGAACAAAUGCACUGACAUUUGACGUAGUCCAAGAAGGGAAUGUAAAUAGGCUUAAAUGAUUGUAGCUCUUCUGUACAUUUGAACUCUUUAUGUAUAAGACAUGUCUGGACCUCUAUGAUAAUAAACUUUUUAUAAA